CCAUUUUCAUAGUAAGCAGAUUUCUUUACCCGAAAACCACUUUUCUCCUCCCUCUUCUCUCUCUUGCAGCAUAUAUCCUCAAAGUUCUCACCUUUGUUUAUGCUCUCUCACGUUCUUUCUCUCUCUACAAAUUCAAAUACCGUGUCUUUAAGUUAGGAUUGUAAGAAAAAAAGGGGGAAAAAAACAAUCUUUUCAAUCGUGUCCUUGGAUUUCGCUGUCCUUUGUUGUAAUCUCCUUCUCUAUAUCAGACCAUGGAACAGUAAUCAUCAUCAUAUAUAGCUUUCGAAGACGUUUUUACAGGAAGAAAAAAGGGAUAAAGGUGAAGGGGGUAGUCAUGGCGUUUCACCAUAAUAAUCACCUUUCUGAUCAUCAUCAGGACCUUCCUCUCCAUCACCUUACCGAGCACCACCACCAGCAGGCGAGUCAACUGUCGGAAACCAACGGUCCAAAUUGGUUGAACACCGCCCUCCUCCGUUCACAGCAGCCUCAACCGGCGCAACCACACUCUUCCCAGUUCUCCGAGCCUAACUUUCUUAACCUUCAUACUACGAGAGCUGCUUCUGAUUCCACCACGGGUUCCCAAGCUCCGAACCAGUGGCUCUCCCGUACGUCGUCUUCCCUUCUUCAUCGCAACCACAGCGACGUCAUAGACGACGUAGGUGCCGCCGCGGAAGCUGCGAGAGGAGGCGGAGGGGAAUCCAUGGUCGCCAUGGAAUCGGGCGGCAGCGGCAACAACAACGGUAUUAUGAACAACAACAAGAGCGAAGGUGUUGUGGUGGAAAGCGGAGGGGGCGGUGGGGAUGGGGUCGUGAAUUGGCAGAAUGCAAGAUACAAGGCGGACAUACUAGCUCACCCUUUGUGCGAGCAACUCUUGUCUGCACACGUGGCGUGCCUUAGGGUCGCUACGCCUGUGGAUCAGCUCCCGAGGAUCGACGCUCAGCUGGCUCAGUCACAGCAUGUGGUGGCUAAGUACUCCUCCCUCAGUGGUGGGUCCCAGGGCGUGGUUGCCGACGACAAAGAGCUCGAUCAGUUCUUGACACAUUAUGUUCUGUUGCUAUGUUCUUUCAAAGAACAAUUGCAACAACAUGUUCGAGUUCACGCAAUGGAAGCAGUUAUGGCUUGCUGGGAAAUUGAACAAUCAUUACAAAGCUUAACAGGUGUUUCUCCGGGUGAAGGCACGGGUGCAACAAUGUCUGAUGAUGACGAUGACCAAGUAGACAGUGAUGCCAACUUGUUUGAUGGAAGUUUAGAAGGUCCAGAUUCAAUGGGAUUCGGCCCUCUGAUCUUAACAGAUAGUGAAAAAUCUUUGAUGGAGCGUGUGAGACAUGAACUCAAACAUGAACUCAAACAGGGUUACAAGGAGAAGAUUGUUGACAUAAGAGAAGAAAUUUUGCGGAAAAGAAGGGCUGGAAAGCUACCAGGUGACACAACAUCGGUGUUAAAAGCAUGGUGGCAAUCACAUUCCAAGUGGCCAUACCCUACUGAGGAAGAUAAGGCGAGAUUGGUUCAAGAAACAGGUUUACAAUUGAAGCAGAUAAACAAUUGGUUCAUUAAUCAGAGGAAAAGGAACUGGAACAGCAAUCCGUCGACAUCCACCGUCUCGAAAAGCAAACGUAAAAGAAGUAAUGCAGGUGAAAACAAUGGUGAUCGGUUCAUGUAAAUGCAACACAGUAGCCAAAGAGGAACAGAUUUUUGGUUGGUGCUAUAUAUAUAUAUAUGUUGGCCAUGCAAUGCAAUACAAUAUCAUUCAUAUAUAUUUCAGUGUAACUUUUAUUGGAUGAAUCCACCAUUGUCACUUGAUAGAUAGAGUUCAUGUUGGUGAAUAAAAAAAAAAGAGAUCAUUAUAGCU